GGUCGACGCCGCAGCGCAGCCUGAAACCAGCUACACCUGGGCUGCAGACGUGCUUUCGCUUUGUCCUCGGCCCGGUGCUCGACGGCGCUCACAUCGCCGCCUCCGCCUCCGCCGUGUCGGUUCGCGUCGCCGCGCCUACCUCCUACCGCGCAUGCUCUCCCCGCUUUUCUUGCGUCCUACUACGUCACUGUUUAAAAUUCUAUACAGAAGUAAUUAAUGGCCAUCAAGCUGGAUAUUAGUCGCAGUCAAUAAUCAUCUUUUGAUUAGACCUGACACUAUCAACGGAGAGUCCGUGCUCUUUAUCCACACGAGCCACCCGGUUAGAGGAGCACUCGAAAGGGAGCGCGGCAGACCCGGUAUCGAUCUGAGCGUUUCGUGUGGCCGCUCGUGCACGACGUUUCUCGGGAUAUUCGCCUAGCGGUCGCCGUCGGCGCCGGCCUUGUAAACAGUGCAUUACGCGCCGCGUUUACCUAUUCCAUCCGCGCGAUCAUGAACGCCGAAGCUAAUUAAUAUCGCGGUGGACGCAUCUGAAGAGUGCCUAACUCACAUUUGACUUCAUUCUUGAUUGAUCUCUAAAAGCAGACUUUAUAAAAGGUAAGUCCAAGAUGGGCUGUUUCGUCAGCAAAGAUAAACUCACCAAGGAAGAUAUGGACUUCCUCAAAACGCACACAUCUUACGAUGAGACUACCAUCAAGGAGUGGUACAAAGGUUUUAAGCAAGAUUGUCCGAACGGGAGGCUGACGCCGGCAAAAUUCGUCGACAUGUACAAGAUGUUCUUUCCAUCUGGAAAUGCAGUCGAAUUCUGUGAUCAUGUGUUCCGCACAUUCGACAUGGACAAGAACGGCUAUAUAGAUUUUAAGGAAUUUCUGCAGGCGAUUCACGUUACAUCGAGUGGCACGCCAGAAGAAAAGCUUAAAUGGGCCUUCCGCAUGUAUGAUGUGGAUGGCAACGGAGUCAUUGACAUCCAGGAGAUGACCAAAAUUGUUCAGGCGAUCUACGAUAUGCUCGGCGCAUGUUCGAGUAACCGCCCCGCCGACUCCGCCGAGGAGCGUGCCAAGAACAUCUUCGCUAAAAUGGACGAAAACAAUGAUGGCCAGCUCACGCAAGACGAGUUCCUCAAAGGCUGCCUCCAGGACGAAGAACUCUCCAAGAUGCUGGCCCCUUAAGCGGCUCCCGGCUCAUACAGCCCGCGGUCCUGCCUCACCACCCACCCCUACACUGUACCUCACGAUAACCCGACGGUGUGCUCCUGUAGACACGACAGCAAUCUAUGAGGCAUAAAGUAAUCCGGUUACACGAUUUAACGUAACCGACACUCCUUUUUGGUGAGAGAUAUAUGUAUAGAGUACGGAUUAAAAAACAUUACUCAUUUGUAAAUAUUUUUCAUAAUUUAUGCACACUAUUUUAUGAACGGUUUAUUUUAACACAAUUGCGUGCUAUCCAGUCAAUUAGUAAUGAUUUUUUUGAGAUUAAUUUUAUUUAUUGUUACAAAAUGUAAUUCUUGUCGACUCAUUUAGUAUUUGCAUAGCGACGUUUGUCUUUCGGCGAGUAAUUAUUAAGUGAUGUUUGUGUGGCUGUCGUGUCGGCAUGGUUAACUACGCAGUGUACACAGUAUCCGUGAUAAUUGGCAUUGUUAGCGCAGCGGCCGCUAGCGCGAAGUGCAGCCUUCGUUUUCAUUGGUAAAACCCGUCAUUAAAUUAAGCCUAAAUCCGAAAAACUCCCAUGAACAACGUGAGUAGUGGGAGAUGUUAUAAUGCUGACGUAUAUUUGUAAGAGUAUACAAAUGGUGAGAAUAGUUCUCGAAUAAAACACAAAAGUUAAAUGAUUAGAAAUUAGAGGCGGUGAAUUUUAUCGAUAGCGAUAGCUGCGCUUCCUCAUUGACAUCAUCCACACCGAGCUUUUUCCAAUACGUGUUUACUAUAUAUUUGUGAAAAUAUAUUUGUACUUAGCGAAUAUUAAUGUAACGAACAUAAAGUCAAUGAAUUCUUGAAUAUUAAAAAAUAUUGAAAUGUCCAUUCCUAUUUGAUAAAGUUAAUGUAUGUGAACGGUAAUUGUAUAAGAAGUAUUACAUUUCUGUCGCUGUCGGACUGUCCUAUCCUAUAUUUAAAAAUAAUGUAUCCGAACCACUCACCUUUCGCAUAGAUCUAUCGCUCGUAGGUCACAUUCUUCGCUGAUCAGGCUUAAUGCCCCUUGACACAUAUUU